AUGACGCCGGCGUCAUGCAGCUGGGACCAAUGCCGCCGCCUUGCUAGCGUACUAGCCGGUCUGCUGCUCAUGGGGAGCGUGGGCUCGAAUCAUUCAAUCUCGGUCUGGAAUACACAGCUGCAGGCGUUGCCGGGUUUCUCCGAGGCGGGUAUCUCUUUCGUUUGUUCUAUGGCCUCUUUUGGUGCCUACUUCUCGGUGAGUCCCGGGUUCGUUUUCGACCACAUCGGCGCCCAUCGCAGCGUUUUAUUGGGCGGAUGUUUGCUUGCUGGUAUCUACAUUGGGCUCUACGCUGGAAUGACGGCAUUUCCGGCGGCCAUGACGCCGCUGGGCGUGGGUAUCGCCUUCGCAGUGCUCGGUCAAGCCACCAACUUCGGCGUGUUUGCGGCAUUGGGGCCGAACGAAGAUCUCUUUGGACCUGAAAAUCGCGGCAAGGUAAUGGCGUUGGAAUUCGCAGCCUUCAGUGCCGGUGGUGCGCUGUUCGCUGAGCUUUACAAGCACUUUUUCGAUGGAAAUGUACCUCUGUACUUUCGCUUCAUGGGGUGCUUGAUGUUGACAGUGUUCUUGCUAGCAUGGGUUACGCUAUAUCGACCUGCCAAAGACGAUGCAACUCACACUAUUGCGGCUGCUCCGCCCAUUCACGCAUUGGACGAAUUCAUGCCGCCAGAGACACCGGCUUUGAAGUCUUCAUGUAGUGUUGACGUUGAAGAACAUUGCCAGCUCUUCGCAGUGGCUCAACCUGACAUCACCGGUCGCGAUAUUCUAACCGACUCGCGCUUCUGGUUGUUGUUUUCUACCGUAUUCAUAUUGGUGGGAUCUUCACUGUUUGUCAUGGCAAACAUUGCGUUUAUUGUCGAGUCUCUUGGCGGUCCGAUGGAGCAGGUCUCCACAAUGGUAGCGCUCUUCUCUGUAGGCAACUGCUGCGGUCGUGUUGUUGCUGGUGUCAUUUCCGACAGUGUGUUGCAUCGUUUUCCUCGGAUCUACUUUGUAAGUCUAGCGUCGGUCCUUGUGGGUGCCAUCCACACACUUUUCCUGGUUAUUCCGAGGGCGUAUCUCGUCGUUCCCAUUACGCUCUCAGGCAUCGCUGACGGCGUCAUGUUCGCCGCUUUUCCCGUGCUAACGCGCGAGACGUUCGGUGCGCGCCACUUCGGAAAGAACUUUGGCCUCAUCAGCGUCGCAAAUGCUGUAGGCUUUCCGUUGUUUUACAACCCCAUAGGUUCAUUCGUGUACAGUUUAUCGGCCAUGCCGGUGAAUGGCGUCCAGAAGUGUCUUGGAGAUGAGUGUUUCCAGCCUGUGUUCCUACUAGUGGUGGUAUUGAGUGUGGUGUCGCUGGUAGCGAGUCUUAAAUUUGCAUCGCGUCAGCAUUAUGUUCGCUUAUCGUAA